UGAAAUGAUUGGAACCAAAAUAACCGUCGCAGAAAGACAAGUUCCGUCUCCGCUUGCUAGCAAUUUUUACCAAGCCGAGCAUAAGUUGGUGUCACUUCCGCAAAUCGUUCCUGUACAGUAUGUCGGCAGAAAAUUCGAAUCCUCCAUCAGUUGAACAGCGAGAUCCCCAGUAUUUUGGAUACUAUGCUCAGCUUCAGCAUCAGCAAAAUAUGCUGCAAGACACGGUACGAACGUCUACGUAUCGCUCGGCUAUUUUGCUAAACGGACCCAACUGCUUCAAAGAUAAACUUGUCAUGGACGUAGGAGCAGGAUCAGGAGUGCUUUCGUAUUUUGCCGCUCAAGCUGGCGCCACUAAGGUUUACGCUGUAGAAGCCUCGGAUAUGGCUCGCAAAAUGAAAAAACUCGUAGACGCCGCGUCCGAGCCGCUGAGCAGAAAUGGAUUCAUGAAGGAUAAAAUAGAGGUUAUAAAUGCCAAGAUCGAACAACCUGACCUUCCAAUUCCGAAAGUGGAUACAAUCGUAUCGGAACCCAUUGGUGUCCUUCUUUUCCAUGAGCGUAUGCUGGAAAGUUUUAUCCAUGCUCGUGAUACCUACCUAAAGCCCGGCGGUGCUUUGUUCCCAUCGAAAGGCGUUAUCUUUUUAGCCCCAUUCACAGAUGCCGGUUUGUGGACAGAAACAAUUGGAAAAGCACGAUUCUGGCAACAAGACUCGUUUUAUGGCAUUGAUCUUAAUUCACUUUACCAAGAUGCGAAGGACGAGAUGUUUGGAAUGCCAGUCGUUGGUCAUUUUGAUCCACAAAGUCUUCUCUCAGCUCCUACGGCAUUUGAUGGUUACGACGUCGAUUUUUCAACUGUAUCGGUCAAGGAAUUGCAAGAUAUGACAAUCCCUUUUAGAUGGGUAUCUAAUUAUACUGGUAUCAUGCAUGGUGUGGCUGGAUGGUUCGAUUUGCUUUUUGCACCCCCGCCAUAUAACACAAACAAUGCACAAGAAGACCCUAACGUUCCUAGCACGGUACUCGAGAUGUCGACUGGGCCAGCCGCAGAGCGCACACAUUGGCAGCAAGUCCGGUUCUUGUUUAAAGAGCCUUUAGCUGUUAAUGCAAACCAAGUAGUGCGUGGAUGGAUGCGCUGCAUUGUGAACGACAUGCGUAGUUACACCAUCUAUGUAGAAGCCGUUGUUGGGGACGAAGGCGGCCUGGUCGAAUUAAGUGACUCAACCAACAUAGCCACCGAUCGUAAAUUCGUAGAAGACUCAGUGCACGCUCAUCCCCUUCGAAGACGUGGUAUGUGGGAGCUUCAAGAACAGACCUACAACUAUUCAUACAGCCCCGGAAUGGUUCCACAAGAAUCUAAGCCUGAGUACAUGUGUCUAUAUGAACCUGAAGGCAAUAUGGUCAUCGACAUGGAAGGAACAACCCCGGCACCGGAUGCAUCCAAUUCAAAUUAUAUCAAUUUUGUAAAUUAGGCCAUCGCAUUUCCUAUAAACAUCGUUUAUCAUAACAGAACAAACUUCAACUAUAGUCGCAAUCGAUUUUUUGAAGCUCAUUUUAAAAAUACAAUUGUUUAUUAUUUGUCACUUAUCUU